UAUACCCUGUUUGGGUUCACAAACAUGGCCACUGAACAGCUCCCAGCAAAGAAAAGCACUGCCAAAAGACGAGCAGUUGGAUCCGGUAAGAGGAUAAAGUUCAGUGGCUGUUCCAGAGCAUCCCUAGAGGCACGGAAACCAUGGAACAGCUCCACCCAGUGCUCCCCCAGUCAGGUCAUAAGGAGGAGGAGGUCUACCUUUGCUAAACUGGGCAUUAUUGCAACUUGUACCUCCAAGUGGCAAGGUCUGAGGAGGAAGAAGAAACAAAACAAGGACAAAUGUUCUUCAUCUUCAGUGUCUGGGAUUUCAGAUCAGUGUCACGGUUUCAAUGCGAGGAGAACUGUGAGGUCUUCGAGUUCUCAGCAAACAGUGGGAUCCACUUCAAAAGCUGUUCCACCACAAGAACCAAGCAGGGAGAUGGCAAGGUCUAUACAUUCGAGGUCUAGUCCAGGAAUCACGGACACAUGCCGGCCUUGGAGUACCUCUUUACGUUGCUUUGGUAAAAAGCGUCCACUUAUUCCUCUGAAAACUUUUGCAAGGUCAGAAAGUGGUGUGGCAUCCAAGAAAGAUCCGGUGAGAGGGAGGAGUGGAUGUAGACAGGUAUACAUGCUUUCCACAGCUAACAAACAAGAACCAACAUGCUCCAAAGCAUCAUCUUCGAUAAAGGUAGAUAUGAAGAGACAUAGGCUGACUGUCAGGACUUCUGAGAGGGUUCCUGAAACUGACAAACCAUGGAGAAGUUCCUUACGAUAUUACCCCUCCAAGAUCCCACAACCAAUAAUACCUCUGGUUAAAGGUAGGAAAGAAUAUGAAGGAGUGCCUGUAACAUAUUCGUUAUUUGACAAACAAGUUGCAAGAUUCUCUGGGAUUCUUCCAGGAAAGAAACAUAAGAGCAGACACCAACAGACAGUUGUGGAUCAUCCCUAUCAGUGGAGUCACUCUUUACGAUCAUAUUCUUCUCAUUUACCUCGACCAAAAAGGUCUCUCAGUCAUGUUACAAGAUUGGAUGUAAAGCCUCCUGUAGCAGGUUGUAAAGAUUUACCUGUGAGAAACACACCUGUCAUUAAAGGUAAGAGGGAUUAUGAAGGAGUGCAUGUAGGGUGUUCUUUAUUGGACAAGCAAGUUGCAAGGUCCUCAGGAAUUCUUCCAGUCAGGAAACAAAAGAUGAGACAGCAGUUGACAGUUGGGUCUUCAGGGCAAGUUGUGGAUCAUCCUCAUAAGUGGAGUAAUUCUUUACGAUCACAUUCUUCUCAAAUCCCUCGACCAAAAAGAUCUCUCUAUCUUUCAACAAGAAAGGAUGUAACGUCUUCUGUAGCAGAUUGUGAAGAUUUAAGAAAAGAUGGUCAUGAAGACAAGGCAGUGUCUGUUAACUGGUGCUGUUCUUGUGACUGCCAGUGCCCUGGUACCUCAACUACACCCAGGACAAGAGGAAAUGACAGAAAACUGCAAGAAAGAUCAAAACCUUCUAAGAAGACAACAGAAACCCAGAAACCUUGGAACUGCUCUACACGAUGUCAUGAUAAACAGGCAACCAGACCUGCUCUGCUGAAACCAGGGAGAACACUGAUAUCAGCAUUUUCAAGCCAGGACGGGAGGAAAGGGAUGAUGGAUAAAGCUGUGUCUGUCAAGUGGUGUUGUCGUUGUGACUGUCAAUGCCCAAAGCCAAAUGACAUUUCAAAAGAAGAUAAAAUCAGAAAGAAGUCUAGGCAGCUGAAGCAUACUAUGAAAUAUUCUGGAAAAGGGGUAGAAGUUAAGCCAUGGAUAACUUCCUUAAGAUCCUAUUCAUCUCAUAUUCCAAGACCUCAGAAACAUACAACCAUUUAUAAGCAAAAACAACAGAUUGAUCCGAAUAUUUCUUCAGGAAAAAUCAACAUUAAGCCUCAGCCUACUUUCAGAAGUUCCAAGACAGAUUUAGAGGUUAAGCCAUGGAUUAUCUCCUCAAGACCAUAUCCAUCACAACCACAAAGACCUCAGAAGACAGCAUUCAGUUUUCAAAAGAAAAGACAAACUGAACAAGGCGAAGAGAAAGUUUUAGAAGGAAAGAUAAUCAAAAAGCCUCAUGCAACCAAAUCUUCCCAGAGAGGGUUAGAAGUUAAGCCAUGGGUUACCUCUUUGAGAUCCUAUCAGUCUCAUAUACCAAGGCCAAAGAAAACUGCAGCCAGUUCUCAGAAGGAAAGUGAGGUUGAAAAAGAUGAUCAGAAUCUUACAGGAACGAAAGAUGUAGGAGUAUCGGUUCAAUGGUGCUGUUCCUGUGACUGCCAAUGCCCAAAACAGGACGCCAUCGGUCCAUCAAUGGUCAUCAUAAGAAGUACUAACAGACAGUCAAGGAUCCUCAAACCAGUUACGGGCAUGGAGUAUAAGAAACCAUGGAACACAUCCCUACUCUCUUACCCUUGUAGGGUUCCACAGGGAAGGAAAGCUCUGACAGUUCCUGCUGCAGUGGCUGAUGAAGAUCCAGUGGCAGGACAUCAAGGUCUCAGCACAGGACGGGAAGGUCCAAGGACAGGGAAGAGGAAGGAGGGACCUUCUGUGAGUGUGGAGAAGCUGGAGAAGGAGGAAGGAUGGCUGCUGGAGAGAGUGGUCCGUCUGAGGGAGGUACAUCGUCUGGCAAGGGAGUCAGAGAUGAGACGACAGAGGAUAGAGAAACUGCGAUUGGAAGCAGAAAGACUGGAGAAGAUGUUAAUGAAAGAAGACUUUGAAUUUGAGGAACGUUUGAAAGGUAGCAAGCUGGUUGUUGUUCCAGAGAUCAGGAUCAAUGAUAGACACAAUGAAGAUUUGCUUGACUCUGAUGUGCCAUAUCCAGUGAAGCGUGAAAUCGACCCCAUGUCUCAGUCAAUGUAUGAUGCUUCGACCUCCGACCCAAUGACGCAGUCAAUGUACGGGUACGACAAUGGUUUACCUGAUGCCGCCCCCGUUUUGACAGAGAUACCCAAUGCAUUUGAUUCGCUGUGCUCUAACGGAGAUGCACAAUACCUUGGGAGUGAGGACCAGGGCAGUGUGGAGGGCAUGCAGAAUGGAUCUGGACCUGAUGAAGGACCUGAUGCGGGUCCAGUUCCAGAAGGAGUUCUGAUUGACUUUGGAGGCCAGAUCCAGAAUCCCAUUGAUUCAGCACCUAUGCCAGAGCCCUCCCCUGUGAUACAGAGCAAGCCCCCGGAACCUCAGUUGAUGUCACAGGAGCCUGGCAUGUCACAGUUGAGCAAGCAGACGGCCGAGAGACCCGACAUGCUUGGUGAUCUCAUAGCCACAGAGCCAGCACCAGUCUCACAGGACAAGCAGCCGAAUGAAGGGAAAAGUUUCGGGGAAGUGAGCGCUGCGCAGCAGACACAAGCUACGACAGACAGUAGCGUUAGUCAUAACAUGGAUGGGGGUGGGGAUCUCAUGUCUGAGGGGGAAACAGUGAAGGGGGGGACACUGCAAGGGGGGACGGCAGGUGACAGUCAGCCUGUAAAUGGGGAUGUACAACAAUCCAUGGAGUACACAAAUACAACCAGAUCUGUGACAGAGUCUAAUGGUGAGGUUGCCACGGUGACCAGGACAGAGGAGACGACUAUGGUUAGUAGGAUACCACAGAAGCCUCCCUCACCAAAGAAAUCUGGGGUGCCAGUUCUCCGUUCACCAAAGAAAGAGGCGGCAGUUGAUGUGGGCCCAGGUUGGGAUGACUCUAUCACUGUCACCCACCCACGCUCACGACCGGCUCAUCUCCUGCCCAGAAAUAUGAAAGAGCCAACACCUCCACCAAGACCUCAGUCAGGGAGACAGAGCGUAGAGAGGAAGAAGUAUGGCAUUGACUCGAAGCGGCCCGACUACCGUCCUGGUGGUGGAGAUAUCCAGAUCUUCAGUGAGAAGAAGGAGUACAGGGCAGAGCCUAGAAUUGAUGCUCGGGCCUCGCCAGCAUCCCGUGCCUCCCCAAAGCCUGGCACCCCCCGGACAACCCCGGUCAAGUCACCUUCCCCCAAUUUGUCAGGGGUUCGAUCAAAGAUAGGCUCCAUGGAUAAAGCCAAACACACCCCUGGAGGAGGAAAUGUUAGAAUUGUCACAAAGAAAACAGACUACACAACUGUGUCCAGCAGAGUCGGCUCCAAGGACAAGCUCCAGCACAAACCUGGAGGGGGAAAUGUGAAGAUAGAGAACAAGAAACUGACCUUGGACAAUGUGACACCUCGAAUCGGGUCCCUAGACAACGCCAGACAUCAAGCUGGAGGCGGGGACAAGAAGAUUGAAAGUAAAACACUUAAUUGGGAUGCUAAAUCGAAAGUCGGUUCAAUGGACAAUGCAAAACAUGUUGCUGGCGGUGGUGAAAAGAAGAUUGAGAGUAAGAAACUUGAAUGGAAAAAGGAAUCCCGAGUUGGCUCCUUGGAUAAUGCGAAGCACGUGGCAGGCGGUGGUGAUAAAAAGAUUGAGAGUAAGAAACUUGAAUGGAAAACGGAAUCCCGAGUUGGCUCCUUGGAUAAUACGAAGCACGUGGCAGGCGGUGGUGAUAAAAAGAUUGAGAGUAAGAAACUUGAAUGGAAAACGGAAUCCCGAGUUGGCUCCUUGGAUAAUACGAAGCACGUGGCAGGCGGUGGUGAUAAAAAGAUUGAGACUAAGAAACUCGAUUGGAAAGUGGAGUCUCGAGUUGGCUCCAUGGAUAAUGCCAAACAUGUUGCAGGCGGUGGUGAUAUAAAGAUUGUUAACGAGAAAGUAGAAUUCAAGGCCGAGUCGAAGGUGGGGUCGCUGAAGAAUGUCAAGCAUUCACCAGGAGGAGGCGAGAAAGUGAUUGAGACGCAGAAACUGAACUUCAAAGAGACGGCUAAAGCCAGAACAAAACAUGGGAUGAAUGAUGACAGUUCCUCACGACGCAGUGACAGCGUCACCUCUCAGAGUACAACCGAUGGGAGCCAGUGAAAUUCCACCCAGAAGUAACCCAGAAUGCACAUUUCCGACAAGGAACAAACUGAUGAAAGCUAUGCGUGGGAAGAUGAAGCUGUUUGUAUUGCCUUGUAGUCUGUAGAUGAAGGGAGAUAACUCCUAGCAAAAGGGAGAUAACUCACCUUAGUUUUGUGCAAGGGAGAAAAUCCCUGUCAAAAUACAGGGAGUGGCAAGAUGUAUUUCGAAAAACGUCAAUAAUUGCAUAAUUUUAUGUUACUUUGCCACCUGUACUUGUCAUUGAAAUAACUGGUCUUUGUUAAGGAUGUUGCAGGACAUGAAUGACUAAUUGGCUGUGUAAUUAACCAAUUGCUCUUUGUAGUGUGCUAAUACAUGUAUAACACAGGCCUUGAUACACUCAGAAAAACUGUAUCAUUGCCAGAAUGUUACUUUGAAUGUAAAUGUUUAGAUAACCAGAGCAAGUACAUGUCUUUGCUGAAUUUUGUUAUACCAGUUUGGUUUGUCGUUCAGAAAACCAGUAUGAAUAUGAAGCUUUAUUUCAGCGACUCAGUGCUAAUUAAUAGAUGAUUCCGCCAGCUCAUCCGGCUGUCUUCAGCAUCUGUCUGCCGCAUAUGAAUGCUACUCUAGUAUAUAUAUGAUACAAUUGUGUAUAUUUGCUGCAUGCAUGAUCAGUGUUGAAAGCAAUGUUCCGUGAGGGUAGACACGUCCUCAGAUUACAACUGUCUCUCGUGUAUGUGUGCAUGCCAAUUCCAGCAUAAGGCUAUUGUCAUGAUGUGUAAUCAAAAGCCUUAAGCCUCAGUCAUUUGCUUUAUGUAUAACCUCACCAUAAGAUUGUAUGAUAUUGACUUAAGGAUAUUUCCAUCCCAUUACCACUAUUUAUUCCAUCAUGAAGCUUGUAGUCUAUAGAGAUAUAUCGAGGUUGCCAUCCACUGAUCUGAUAUUCCCAACACUGCUUUACAUUAUUACAUAUUUCAAAUAAAUAAUAAAAAAACAGACUUUGUUCCAAAGAUCCAUUUAUAUGUGGAAGAUAGCUAAUUUUGAAGAAAAGGCUAAAAAAAAGUUGUUGGCCAAUAUCAUUAGAAGGUAGACAGUGUACCUGUGAUCUUUGUAAUUUAUGAACUGUGUAACAAUUUAAGUUAAUGGUUUUAUGUUAGGAUUAUUAUUGUUAGUGUUAAUGUUAAUUAUUCCUGCACCUGUUACUUUGUAUGCCACAUACACAAAUUCCUCUGUAUGUAGUCUACGAUGCACAAUUUGUAUGUCAGUAAAUGUUAUGGGUAACAUAGGAACACUACAUUAAGAAAUAAACUAUUUUCCAUCUUCCUUUUUUGUAACAAAAGUACUUUAAUUUCUUUUGUUAUAUUUAUAAAAAUGGUGAAUUUUAUUACAAUUUUCCCUUUUUACCACCAUCUCUACAGUAAUUUUCAGUCACUGUACAGCUAUCAAUUAAUUACGAGCAACUGAACAAAAGUGUAUUUUUUUCUACCUCUGUUAUGUUUAUGCACCCUUGCCAAUUUGAAGUAUGAAGUAAAUGGUCAUGUAGCCAUGUGUAUGUAUAUUUUCCAGGUGCCUCAAUCACUCCUACCUGAGCACUGUGUUAUGCACUGGUCAUGGUAGGCCCUAAGAGUUGGUGAGCGGGUUGUCAGCAGGAUUUUCAAUGAAAUCAUAAUUCCAGGGUUAAUGAAAUACUGCAUGGGAAAGGUAUCUAAAACAUAUGGUAGAUAUAUCUCAAAAACUUCUUGAAUGGAAUGCUCCAAGAAAAAACAAACUGACAUCACUGGAAUCAAUUGAGAACUAAUCAUCUUAUUGUAAUUGUAUGUGCUUGUUUGGCAUGCCAUGAUUCUUCUAAAAGAUUUCAUUUAUUCAACGUUUUAUGAUCGCAUAAUGUUUCCUUUCCUUGAUGUUUUAGUGGACUUACUUAUGAUGGUAGAUACAAUGCUUUGAACCACUGCAGAUAAUAGUAAAUAGUGCUUCUUGUUAUUUUAGAGAACUACAAUUUUACACUUUAAAACCUUUUAGUAUGAUACUCUUUUUAGAGAUGACUUUUAACUCUUUUGAGCUGUGCAGACAUUUUGUUUGAAGUUUCUAUUUUCUUUUCCAUUCCUCAAACUUUGGUUUACGGGUUUGAGUUUUUGCUCACAGUAUCUGCUUCGCCGUCACAGAAUACAUAACAUACUCCAUUCUAUCCUUCAUGUUCUGCACAAAGGAAGCUAAUGCCUUCAUUGUCAAAGCCACAGUCAUCUCGUUCUGUGGCAGCUGAAAGUAGUUGGUAGGCAAGCUGUAGCAAAUAUGCCUGAAAUCGUAAUGUAACAGUAUGAAAUGUUGAUUUAAUAGAAAUAAGUUACAGUCUUUCUUCUCUUAUUUUUAUUGCAAGUUCGCACCAUAAUGUGACCCAAAUACCAAUAUUAUUGUUUUCUUACCCUAUAGGCCUCAAUCGCAAAAGGACAACUUUUUUCCAAGUACCAUAAACUGUUAAAAGAGGAUGUAAACAUAGUAAUCCUUUUUCAUGAUAGAGUUAUCUAAUGGAAACAAUGAAUAUAACAUAAGUGUAUUGAUAAGUGUGUACACUGAGUUUUUUAUAUUUCAAUAAUUUAUGACAAAGUGAAGGAAAAUUAGGCAUCUUCCUAUCAACAUUGCAUCAACAUGCAUGUUUAGUAAUGCCAUUAGUCUUUUGUAUGUCCUUUUCAUAACAAAUUUCUUUCAAAGUUGCUAUUGAGGUAAAUGUUUGACAUCUUUGUAUACCUAUACGUCAACAGGUGUUUGUAUGUCAUCCAACUACUGUUUACAGGAAUAAUGCAGUCUUCCUAUGUCAUGAGAUCAAACCAUCUCCAGGUCUCAAUAUGUUCAUGAAUAUGUUCAUAAUCUUCAGAUCAAUGCUCUGUUGAGAGACAAAUAAUGUUCAAAGUGACUUUAGGCCAACUUUAUUUACUCACUCUCUUUGAGAGAUAAAUCAGCAUUGUUACAUAUUGCAUAAUACUAAAACACCAUAAUAUAUUAUAACUUUAAUUAUUUAUAUUUCAAACCUACAGAGAUGUCAGUGCUCAGAUAUUUUAUCAUUUCAGGUUAUUGUUCUGUAAACGUUCUCAUUCUCUCAUUAAGCAUCAGUUGUCAUGUGUCCUGGCUCUUCAGAAUCUAGAUUAAGGCUUAGUGUCUUGACAGAGUUACCUCCCCUUUCCGCUCUGUGAUUGGCUGACUAUAACCACCCGUUGUGUUGUCCUUGACCUUGUGCUACAUGUGUGGUCAGUGUGAUGCAAGAUGUACACAUCCAGCACCCCUGCAUGGGUGCAGCUGUAGCUACACUGGCCAAUAAACAUCAUUCUUAUCA